AUGAUUAUAUGUAAUUUCUUCUCCAUCAACACGCUCCACAGUGUCCCUCUCGGGUGGAGAACAGUUGAUGUUUUGAAACUCUCAACUAAGAGAUGGUGCAAAUCUUCCAGACGUGUCCUCAUCUGUUCCAUCCUGGUCAAUUCGUUGUUUUUUUUUUUCCUCUACACAAAGAUACAGGAUAUUUAUAUACCAUUUAAAAGACCAAUACCAUCUGAUGAAGAUUUUACAAAUCAGGGCAUCUUACCGUCAUCAGGAGUGACGACCUUGACGAGUUCAAAAGCUCCAGAGACCACAACUGAGCCCCAAACACCGGUUCCUUAUAAAGCUCGAGGACCCUACUGGGUGGAGUAUCCCCAUGAGUACCACUUCACCAUAAAUGAGCCGAACAAAUGUGAGCUGCAAAAACCCUUUCUCGUGCUGAUGGUUCCUGUAGCACCACGCAACAGGUUGCACCGCAACAUCAUCCGCAGUACCUGGGGAAAUGAAAGGCUGGUCCUGGGUAAAGUGGUUACGCUGUUCUUUGUUCUGGGGCAGCACAUCGGGGAGGAAGCGGAACAGAUCCAGAAGCAGCUGCUGGAGGAGAGCGAAAAGCAUCACGAUCUUAUCCAGGGCAACUUCAUGGACUGCUACAACAACCUGACUAUCAAGACCAUGGUGAUGAUGGAGUGGCUGAACUUGCAGUGCCCUAACAUCUCCUACGCCAUGAAGAUCGAUUCUGACAUGUUUCUUAAUGUGCCCAAACUCAUCAGCAUGCUUUUAAAUGCUCCAAAGACAAACUACAUGACUGGAAGUGUGAUAAUAGGAGCCCGUGUCUUCAGGGACAGAGAAUCUAAAUGGUUCCUACCAGAGUCUUCAUACCCCGAUCCAUAUUUCCCACCCUAUGCUAAUGGCGUGGGCUACGUUUUUACUCAGGACCUCCCUAAAAAGUUGGUGGAGGCCUCCAGACAUGUUAAAGCCUUGUUCCUUGAAGAUGUGUAUAUAGGGAUGUGUAUGCUGCACUUGAAACUCCACUUCACUAACCCCCCAGUUCCGACUUAUUUUCAUACUGGUGAUUUGAAUUACAGUCGCUGUGGAUACUCCAGGCUGAUAUACACCCAGACAAGUGAUCUCAUGGAUCGUAUAUGGAUUUGGAAAGACUUUAAAAAACCUGGAUCAUACUGCUGAUCCCGUACACAGCAUACGACAGCAAACAAACAGCAUUAUGUGGAUAACUUUUGCCAUUGUUGGAUUUGUUUAAAGGUCACAUAUUAUUCAAAAUACACUUUACCAUGUUGUUCUAACACUAACAUGUGUUCCUAGUCUGUCUACAAGCCCCCAAUGAUGAGAAAAGUCCAUCCACUCUGUCUUUUGCCUGCCUCACUAUUCAGAAAAUGUGUGCUCAAA